GCCGUUGUUGUUUGUUCGCUGAGGCGACUGUCUUUCCCUGCCUUCGCCUCCACAGGUGGGGAGGUUUGCAAGAGGAGGAAGGGGGAGUGAGGAGGAGGGAGCAAGUUGGGGGAGUGAGGAGGAGGGAGCAAGUGAGGGGAGGGAGAAGACCAUCAUUUGUUUCCAUGGCCGGCUCUAACAUGGAGGGAGAUGGAAUGCGUAAUGAGGGCACAGGGAUGAUUGGUGGCUUGCGUGAUGGGUCGAGGAGCAUGAAACGUCUUCCGGCAGGAUGGACAAAGAAAGUGUUUGCAUGGGGAGCUGGAGAAGAUGGCCAGCUAGGUCUUGGAAAUACAUUGGACCAGCAUUGGCCAAAGGAAGUGCAAAGUCUUACUGGUUUGGAAAUUUCUCAGCUCGUGUCAGGGAGCCGGAAUUCGCUUGCAGUCUGUGGAGAUGGAUCGGUUCUCGCAUGGGGUUGGAAUCAGAGGGGGACUCUUGGACAUCCUCCAUCUGUCAAGUGUGAGAGCACACCCUCCAAGGUGAAGGAUCUGUCGGGCAUUGUGCAGGCUGCAAUUGGGGGCUGGCACUGUCUAGCUGUUGAUGUCGAAGGUCGGGCGUAUGCAUGGGGAGGAAACGAGUAUGGACAAUGUGCGGCGCGAGUGGAUAAAAAUCGGAAGGCGGAUCAACAACAGAGCCGGUUCGAUGUGGUGCGGCCGAUGCGAUGCGCCACCCAGCUCCGCGUUCGGCAGGUGGCAGCUGGAGGGAUGCAUUCGCUAGUGCUCACUGAUGAUGGUCAAGUGUGGACAUGGGGUCAGCCUCUUGUUGCCAUGGACAUUAGGACCGAGAGGUGGAAGCCUGUGCGAGUGCCAGGGCUAGAAAAUGUCAUGAUGAUAGCAUCUGGCGCUUUUCAUUGCGUGGCCCUCUGUCAAUCGCAAGAGGUCAUGGCCUGGGGAAAUUGUGAAUACGGACAGCUAGGCUUGGGAGACACGCAACCCAGAGCAUGCCCACAGGAGGUCACAGAGCUCACAGGCAAGAACAUUGUGGAUAUAGCAGCUGGUGGAUGGCAUUCAAUGGCACUCAGUGGAGAGGGGGAGUUGUAUGCAUGGGGCAGAGGGGAGCACGGACGACUUGGAUUUGGGGAGGACAAAUCCAGCAAAGUUUUUCCACAGAGAGUAACUCUCCUUGAGGGUGAAAGGAUAAUACAGGUGUCAUGUGGAGGCACUCACAGCGUUGCAUUGACGGAAGAUGGACGGGCGUACACGUUUGGAAGGGGUGACAAUGGUCGACUUGGGUAUGGAUCGAUGCAGACUACUGGGAACCCUCAUGAAGUGGUCCCCGGGCUUUGCGAGCAAAGAGACAGUAAACAUUAUGACAAUGGCGUGCCUGCACGUGGAACAAAAAAUUGUUCUUCCUCAGAUUGGAAGGUAACACAGAUCGCAGCGGGAGGCCGUCACAGUUUGGUGCUCGCAGUUCGUCACACUCCUCAUGGCGAGAUCAAUGGAACCAGGGAGUUCUCACCAAGUGCGAAUGGGGUAAGCUAUAACGUUCGGCAGGGUAGGCGUAGUAAAGGCAGUGAUGAAUUAGUAGGGGUUGUAGGCGGUUAUCAGGCUAGCCAGGACAGUCCUGAACGUGGAGAGGGAAAGAAAGAGGGGGAAGAUCCCACACGAGAUGGUGGGCAGAGUUGCAACGGGUGUUCAGUAGCUUCGAUGGAUGGGAAUGGGGUCGAGAAAACGGGCAACAGACCAAGCUUCAAUGAUUGGGUCCCGACAGUGGGCCCAGGGGCUCGUGGUGACAUGAUUGGGAUGCCGGGUACCGUUUGUGAAGGUGCAAUUUACGUAGAACAUGAUGCCAAUGGCAAGACAUCAGGAGAUACUGUACAUGGUGUGGAGCAACUGAGACUGAACGAGGUGAUUGAAAGGUGAUCGCAUCGCUGUCCAUUGUUAUCGUUGAAUACUUCCAUCCACCCAUUGCUACUGAGCGUGUCGAAGGACAUGUAGCGAACAGCUAGGAGGUAUCCAGGCUGCCACAGUUUGCCGAGUUGGCGGGCGGGCUGGUGAACGCCGCAGAUUGAAAUCUGCCGGGCAUAACGAGUGGCAGGCGUGGGGGAACAGGUCAAUGCCGCAGAUGGACGUCUGCCGGGCAUUACGAGUGGCGGGCCCGGGAACAGGUCGUCACACGGACUCGUCAGGACCUUUUGGAAACAUGGGGAGCCUUUUGUCCUCAUGCUGUAUGCAGCGGGCUUGCUGACGAAAGAUGGAGAUGGAAAUCUGCAGGGCCCGAGUGGCAGGUGUGCGAUCAGGUCGUCAGGAUGUUUUUGAAACUGGGGUGCCUUUUGCGAGGACGCAUGUACAAACGGUGUCGAGCAACUGAGAGCCUGUUGGGCCGGUAACAGAGGUCGUCGUGGAGGAGAAGGAUUCUAUUCUGAGGAGAGGAGGAUAUUGAAAAGGUGAGCAGCCGCCGCUGAAUACGCCCACAGUAGUUUGAGUGAGUCGAAAGGAAAUGUAACGGACACAGAUGAAUGUAGUUGAAUACCCCCGUCCAUGGUAAGCGAGCGAGUCGGACUGAAAUGCAACGGAUGUUGACGGAUGUAGAUUUGAUUUGCUGCAGAGGGUAGCAAGAUGUCAGAGUGGUGAAUGCAACAGAUGGUAGUGUGCCGGCGCCGAAUGGUAGAGGCGAAUGAUCGGAGGUCAUCAAGAUCGUCACGAAGAGGUGGGUACGGCCAUGACAUGACCUGUGGAGUAUGACAUGUGGCCCGCAGGCUGUCGCUGCAAAGGAAGGAAGUCUGGGCAAUGAGCGCAAACGCCGCGAAGCCGUUUAUGGGGCAGGUGGGUUAGUCAUGGUGUCUGAAUUAGCCCCCUUUUAAACCACCAUGAGAUGAGGUGGCUUUUUUUUCAUGGCGACGGAAGAUAAACGGUUGGAAGGCUUUUGCUGCUUCUGGAGCAUCAGGUAAAGCACAGAAAUGUGUGAAAAUGCUUUGCUUUGCGUUGAAGGCGAAGAAAGAUUGAACUGAAGACCAUCUGGAGUGCGGAAAGGUUUUGCUUCCGAUCGUGAUGAUCGGAGCGCCAAGUCUCCGAAGGCCUGGAAUUGAGCUAAGAAACUUUCGGAGUGUGCUGUAGUGGGUGUUAUAGAACGACUUGUAUGCGCGCUGCACAAAAGAUGCACAAAAGAGAUACAUGUUUUGUGUUCACCACAGGAUCGCAUAUCCAUGACCAAAGCUGUCUGCAGAAGUCUGUCUGUGGUACAUGAAAUGCACACAUGGCGGAGAGCCGCGAAGUCUUGGAUGCCUUUCCAGUCCAUGGUGCCAGCGUCUUCGUUCCUGUGUGCGGACAAAGAUGCCUUGACUAUUCGCCGGAUUGCGCGUUAUGGGCCCCGCACCACUACACAAGAUUCUUCAUGAAUCUGGACAGGUCCACUGACAAUGUGCAUCUGGACUGAUCCGGCAUUUGGACCAAAGAGGGACCAUUGCUGGCUCCAGAAACUUUCACAAGCUUGUGCGAUGGAGCGAGUCCCUAUGUGUGGAGGUCAUGCAGUGUGUCGCACAACGCAAGCCGUUGCUGUGUGAUUGGUGGCAGAGUGUAUCCAAGAAUGGAUUGCUUGCCGUUUGCAGCUGGUAAUGUGUUUUUCAUCGCAAGCCGUUUACUUAUUGGCUAUGAAUACCAGGUCUUCAUCAAUGGACUUUGCCCAAGACUUGGGCAUUCUUCGUUCUCGUCUGCAGCGGCUCGGUCGAUCAAUGGUAUAUGCGUUUUGAAAGUUGGCCCUUGCUUAUCCGGUGAGAGACUAGAAUUGCGGAGGGGUGGAGCUCUGGUGGUAAUAAGACCCCUCCAGUCCUUGUCACCCCAGAGCAGUUUUUCCGA